AGUGAACUUAAUUACAUUUUAUCAUACGCAUUAAUACGGAUUAAAUAUGUGUUUAAUAAAUAAUGACUAAAAAGAGAAAAGAUCGAAACAGCAGUGGGAAUAAUUCGGACAAUAGGAACAAGUGUAAACAAACGAAACAGAGAGGCCCGUCUGAUGACUCUGACGAUUGUUUUUCCAUCAGCGAAAUCUUGGGUAAGGCUUCGGCUGUUUUAUUCCCGGAUGUAAACAACUCAGAGCACAAGGACACUGUUGGUGAAGUAUUCUGUGGGGCGGAAAACAGUAACAGCAUGGCGGAAAGCAGCCGCGAACCCACCAACAAGGAUCUGCUGGAUUGUAUGAAGGCCAUGGGGGAUAAGCUUUCUACUAUGGAGAAAAAGCUGAACUCCUUAGACAUUCUUGAAAAGAAGGUUACUAGUUUUGAGAAGGAACUCAACAAGAUGUGGGUAGCUAUUGAGGAUCGUAUAAAAUGUACAGACGCGAAGUUGGACGGCCUUGUAGACCGGAUCGAGACGCACGACGUGGAGGCGGCGCUGAUGACUGAGAGGGUCAGCAGGUUGGAAAAGCAGCGUGAUGAUCUACGGGAUGACGUGGCAUACUUAAAGUCUCAAUCUAUGAGAAACAAUUUAGUUUUUACUAACAUCCCAGAGGAUAAUACUUCCGGGAACGAACCAGCCGAUGUUACGGAAUCUAAACUACGACAGCACCUAAAAGAGAAGCUCAAGCUGGCGAAGGAGACGGCUGAGUCCAUUCGCUUCGAGCGCAUCCACCGUUCUCCAGGACAUCCGGUACAAGGGCGAAUUCGCAACGUCAUAGCUAAAUUCACGUUUUUUAAGGACAGGGAACUUGUACGUCGCGAGUGGAAGCAGUUGGCUGGCUCCGGUUGCCAAAUGUAUGAACAGUUUCCGCCGGAAGUGAUGGACAAACGACGACGUUUAGUGCCCAAGAUGAAGGACGCCAGGAAGGAGGGUAAGCGUGCGUGGAUCAUCUUUGACACCCUGUACGUGGACGGCAAACCGGUGCGGACGUAGGGACACGACGGGGGUGAACUGUCAGUUCUCUCGUGGAACGUCCACGGUCUCACUAGGGACAAAAAGGAGAGCAGCGACUUUGUAAAUAUCUUAGAUAAAUAUGACAUUUGUUUUUUGUAUGAAUCAUGGUGUGAUUCUUCUAGCAAUAUUGAAUUAAAGGGGUAUAAAUCGCAUAAUUUUUAUCGUAAAUUUCAGCAUAGGAACGCUAAAAGAAA